UGGUCAGUAGCAGUGCUGUAGCUCGACUGCGGUCUCUGAUUGGUCAGUAGCAGUGCUGUAGCUCGACUGCGGUCUCUGAUUGGUCAGUAGCAGUGCUGUAGCUCGACUGCGGUCUCUGAUUGGUCAGUAGCAGUGCUGUAGCUUGACUGCGGUCUCUGAUUGUGUCACAGGGAAGUCCUCCCAGCUCUACUCUCACAACCUGACAGCUCUGUUUGAUCAGAAGAGACAUCUACUGAAGAGGCAAAGCCAGCUGUCCCUCAGCACCAGCCGUCUGACUGAACGAAUCAUCCCCAGGAAGUACGCUGUCUCAACCAAAAUCCCCGAUACCAAGGGAUGCCUCCGUUGCAGUGUGGUGCGGAACCCCUACACAGACAGCACCUUCCUGUGUGGAGCGCUGCCUUCCAGCCUCGCCCUGCUGCUGUGCACUUCGGGGUCUCUCUCCCAGACCCCCUGCCUGUCUUCGAGCUGCUGGUGCAGGGGAGUGAUGAGCUGCCGUGGGUGUGUGUGGGCGUGCGAAAGCCCUUGCGACCCAAUCAGGAGCUGGAAUUCAACAUCAUCCAUCUCAAUGACACGGCCAGCCCCAAAACAGACAGUUUGCCCUUGAAUGCUGUCCAGGUGACCCAGCUGGACCGGGACACUGUGCUCAUCGCUCUACAGA